GUUUUAUAUUAUUAACUGCACUCGAGCAUUAUUGACUCGAGGCAGCUUGCAAGCCAGCCUAAGCCGACGACACGCUCACGCGUGUGGUCGGCUGUUUGUGUGCGAUUUUUGAUGACACUCUUGAGUCUUGACAAGCCAUAUUACCUGUGUGUGUCGACUAUGCACCAUUCAACAAACACCGUAGAGCUCCUUGAAGACGACUCCACGGAGGUUCCGUUCUGUAAGCACGGCCCAGCUCUAUUGUUCAGGCGCAUCGGUACGGCCGGGAAGAACAGCGGCCGGCCCUUUUACGCUUGCUCCGGCUGCAGGAAGCGCAAGGACUGCGCCCUCUUCGUCUGGAAAGACGACCUCCUGUCACGACCUCUUCCAGACUCCAAAACCUGGGAUCACAUUCGCAAAGAAGUCGUACCAACUUCCUCUCACGACCAGCUCUACCAGAAGCUUCGAAGCGUCUCCAAGCGCCCACCCUCCGAACGAUUCUUCUGUUGUCGUAAGCUGCUGGCCAGGACCGAGCUUGGCGCUCAUCGGGGUCAUGCGGUCACCACUCCCGUCGAAGACGACGACCUGCGUCGGCCCACUCGACUCAUCAACGCCGACGUCACCAACACCACUAAAGCGCAGUACUUCUUUAGCGAUGCAUGCGUCGCUUUCCUCUGCAGUCUUCUCGAGCAGCAACACUUCGAAUCCGUCAUUUGCCUGGGGGCGCCCACUAUCCACGAGCACCUUCGCGAGAGCUGUCCCCAGCUACCCAGCAUCCUGUUGGACAUAGAGCAGACCUACGAACAGUUCUAUGGUCCGAGCGAGUUUGGCUGGUUCAAUAUGUUCAACGGUUUCUUUUUUCGAGGAAGCUCGGCCGAAAAGACUGUUCAGAGACAUCUAAGCUCGGGAACCAGAUGCGCCCUACUCAUAGAUCCCCCUUUCGGUGGCCUCGUUGACGCCAUUGUGAGGACCCUUGCAAAGAUGGUUUCGGAUGCCGCAGCUGUGGGGUCCGCUUUAAGCAUAUUCUGGUUCUUCCCGUACUUCAAUGAAAAGCGGAUUGUCGAAGCCAUGCCAUCUUUACGGAUGCUGGACUUUGCGGUAGACUAUCGCAACCAUGUGACCUUCAACGAAUCCGGUCGGACCAAAGGUUCCCCCGUGCGGAUUUUCACGGAUAUUCCGCCGGGUCAGGUGAAACUUCCGUCGGAUCGGUACAGGUACUGCUACGACUGCGACCGGUGGGUCGCACUUUCAAAUACGCACUGCGACAUCUGCAAAGACUGCACAUCCAAGGACGGGGGACCUUAUAGACAUUGCGACGAGUGUGGCGUCUGCGUUAAACUGUCACACGUGCACUGUCCCCGGUGCCAAAGUUGUUUGCCCCAGGGUCAUUCGUGUGGGUCGACAGGUGUCGUCUGCUUCCUCUGCAAGAUGCCGGGACACAAGAGUGUACAGUGUAGUGCUAAUAGGAAAGGGCAGAAAAAUUCCGGUAAGAGAAAGAGGACAGAAUAAACAAUAUUGAGGGCGAGUUCAUACACACGCCACUUG